AUUACAUAUUUAUGUUUCCACUUCAACAGAAAAUUUUAAGUUUCUUACAUUAAAUUGAAUUUAAAAGUUUUACAAAAAUGUUAAACUUUUAUUAAAUUAAAUACGGAAUCCAGUGAUAAAACAUAGAGCGCUCUUAAAAUAAGAAUUUCCUUUCCAGCGUAAUAUAUCUUUCUAUACAAAUCAUUUACAAAUAUUGUAAUGGGAAAGGAUUUUAUUGGUGCAUUUUCAAACAUGGAUAUAUAUCCUUCAAAGCAUCCCGCUUUAAACAAAAUUACGGAACUUAAAAUUAGAACAUGUACUCAGUAUAACAGACAUGAUGAAAAAUCUAAACAAGAAAAUUCUGUUUUAAAAGCAGCAAAGAAUGGAUUAGAAAAAAACUGUCAUAAUAAUUUUCAAAGUUUUGAAGAGACUUCAUGCAACAGAAAAAUACAGAAUGGUUUGAAAAAAUUGUUGAAUGGAGUUUCUAAAUUUAAAAAUGUGCAAUACAACAAUGAUGUGGUAAUUAUCUCUUCUGACGAUUCUUUGUCAAUGGACGAAUUCAAGAGGAAAGUAAAUGAAAAAGAUAAUGAUACAUACAUUAUAGAAUAUUUGAAAAAUUCAAGAACACACAAUGGUAAAAAUCAUACCAGCUGCAAAACUUUUAAAAGAAGAAACGUUAUCGUUCGGAUAAAAAGAUCACACAAAAUUCAAAAUCUAUUGAAUAAAAAUAAACUCCGCUGCGUAUCUUCAAAUACUCUUUCAAAUAAACUUACAAAACAAUUGAAAAGUCAAUCAAAAAAUAAGGAAGCUGACAGUUAUAUAGAUUCAAAUAAGAAAACAUGGCGCAAUUCACUUAAUGAUAAUUUAAAUAUUUUUAGUUCAAAAAAGUGCAAUUAUUCAACCAGGAAUCGAAGCUUGACUCACACUACCCCUUGUGAUACAGAACCUACCACUUUAGACAAAUCUCUACAAAAAUUUCCAUUGUUCGAAACAAUUUUUAUAGACACUAUAAACAUAGAGGAUUCAGAAAAUUCAUCAUCACUUCAUACAUCUCCCAAUAAGGAAGCUAUCGACUUGAAAUUCGAAAAAAAGCAUCAAAUACAUCAUAAAGAAGAAAAUAGUUUGCACCGCAGAUUAAUUAAAAGUAAUAUUGCAACUAAAAAAAAGGCAAGAACACGUUUAAAAAACUUUAAAAAGUUGGAAAGCGGUAUAAAUUUAAAAAAUUGCAUAGUAAAAGUAAAGAACUUAAGUUUAGCACAAAUAAAAAAAAAAAUAAAAGAAGCAAGAUACCGAGCAAACCGUCGUAGAAGAAGUUGGUCAGUAUCUGAUGUAGCACGCGAACAUGAUCGUCGUUUGAAUUUUUUCCCAAAAGCUGGGCCAUCUCACAUCGACUACCAUGCUCUAAUCAAGCUCCCUACAGUAAAACCAAAGGUGCCAAGGACAUUGAAAAGAAAGCGAGAAUAAGUUUUCUCAAAAGAGUAGGAUAAUUAUAAUUUAAAGAUGAUUUAAUAAAGAUUAAUUUAGUACUUUUAUAA